AUGGCGGCCGUACGGGGCCUGCGAGUGUCGGUGAAGGCAGAGGCCCCGGCGGGGCCGGCUCUAGGGCUCCCGUCGCCUGAAGCAGACUCCGGUUUGGAGCGUGGCGAGCCGGAGCCCAUGGAGGUGGAGGAGGGCGAGCUGGAGAUUGUGCCGGUGCGGCGCUCGCUGAAAGAACUGAUCCCGGACACAAGCAGAAGAUAUGAAAACAAGGCUGGCAGCUUCAUCACUGGAAUUGAUGUCACCUGCAAGGAAGCAAUUGAAAAGAAAGAACAGCGAGCCAAGCGCUUCCAUUUUCGAUCAGAAGUAAAUCUUGCCCAAAGAAAUGUAGCCUUGGACCGAGACAUGAUGAAGAAAGCAAUCCCCAAAGUGAGACUGGAGACAAUCUACAUUUGUGGAGUAGAUGAGAUGAGUACCCAGGAUAUCUUUUCCUAUUUUAAAGAAUAUCCUCCUGCUCACAUUGAAUGGCUGGAUGAUACCUCCUGUAAUGUGGUUUGGCUGGAUGAAAUGACAGCCACACGAGCCCUUAUCAAUAUGAGCUCUCUGCCAGCCCUAGACAAGAUAAGAAGCAGGGAUGUCAAUGAGGACAGGUCAUCGGAGAAAAGUAAAAAAGACAAGCAGGAAGACAGUUCAGAUGAUGACGAGGCUGAAGAAGGAGAAGUUGAAGAUGAGAACUCAAGUGAUAUAGAGUUGGACACAUUGUCUCAAGUAGAAGAAGAGUCUCUGCUAAGAAAUGAUCUUCGUCCAGCUAACAAACUUGCUAAAGGAAAUAGGUUAUUCAUGAGAUUUGCUACAAAAGAUGACAAAAAGGAACUUGGAGCAGCCAGAAGAAGUCAGUAUUACAUGAAAUAUGGGAAUCCAAAUUACGGAGGCAUGAAAGGAAUUCUUAGUAAUUCUUGGAAGCGAAGAUAUCAUUCCCGUCGCAUUCAGCGGGAUGUGAUCAAGAAGAGAGCCCUGAUUGGGGAUGACGUUGGCUUGACGUCCUAUAAACACCGACAUUCCGGACUAGUAAAUGUUCCAGAGGAACCCAUUGAAGAGGAAGAAGAGGAGGAGGCAGAGGAGGACCAGGACAUGGAUGCAGAUGACAGGGUGGUGGUGGAGUACCACGAGGAGCUGCCAGCUCUCAAGCAGCCCCGGGAGCGGAGCACCUCUGGGCAGUCCAGUGCCAGUAGUUCAGACUCUGAUGAAAUGGACUAUGACCUAGAAUUGAAAAUGAUUUCCACUCCUUCACCAAAGAAAAGCAUGAAAAUGACCAUGUAUGCUGAUGAAGUGGAAUCCCAGUUGAAAAAUAUUAGGAACUCCAUGAGGGCAGAUACUAUAUCCACAAGCAAUAUAAAAAACCGAAUUGGUAACAAAUUACCAACAGAGAAAUUUGUAGAUGUCCGACAUCUGUUAGAUGAAAAACGUCAGCACACACGUCCACGGCCACCAGGCAGCAAUACUAAGUCAGAUAUACGCCAGCGGUUAGGAAAAAGACCAUAUUCUCCAGAAAAGGCUUUUGGUAGUAACCCAGUCUUUCGGAGAGAGCCUUUUUCUGAUGUACAUAGUAGGCUGGGUGUUCCCAGGCAAGACGUUAAAGGCCUCUACUCUGAUACUCGGGAGAAGAAAUCAGGUAGUUUAUGGACGCGCUUAGGAUCUGCACCCAAGACCAAAGAAAAGAACACGAAGAAGGUGGAUCACAGGGCGCCAGGCACUGAGGAAGAUGACUCUGAGCUGCAAAGGGCAUGGGGGGCUCUGAUAAAGGAGAAAGAACAGUCUCGCCAAAAGAAGAGCCGGUUAGAUAACUUACCAUCUCUCCAGAUUGAAGUUAGUCGGGAAAGCAGCUCUGGUUCAGAGGCAGAGUCCUGACGCCCUUGGGGCUAAUGGCAGCUGCACUAAAAUCUGACAUUCUCGUGCAGGGUGGGGUGCACAGUAGGACCCCUCCGCCCCCCCCGCAGGAGUUGGCGCCCCUCCUGCUCUUACACAGUCACCCUCAGCUCUUGCUGCUUCAGCAAGACAUGUUAAGAAUGUGAUGUGUUUUGAAGGGCAUCUGUCUAUAUUUUGCUGCAGAAUAAGAGUUCUGGGCCCUCAAUCCUUUCCCCACUACCCCACAAGCUUUACCCUUUGAGGAAAAGGCAGCCCUCCAGAUUUUGUAGAUGUUUUUCUUAAUAUUUUUAACAUUGUGCUUUUAAAGAAAUGUUUUACACAGUUCAUCCAAAGAGCAGAGAACUGAACUUCUCACUAUUGCCUUGGCCCUGACAGCUGUUACCAGCACCCUUUUCCCAAGAAAAGUCAAUUCCCAGGUGCUUAUUGGACAGCCUUCGAGGGGGAAGAUGAGGGAAGCUGCCAGCUCACCCUUCCAGGACCCUAGUGUGGGGGCCGGAUCUCAUGGACCUGACCUCAGAGGUGCACCGGUGCCGCCCAGGUAGAUAAGAGAUGCAGCAUCGAUCAUGCUUCCGUUCCUCCCUGGGGAUUUCUGUUAGGGGCAUCUUAGCAAUCAGCUUGAAGUGAAGAUCAAGUUCAGUGCUGUGGGAUUUUUAGGAACAAAAAACUGUGACUUCUGGAUUUGGGGUGGAUUUUUGUGCUAGGGGUGGGGUCAUGGAUUAAUGUUGAACAAUUUUUAAGUCUGUAUUAUGUUUAAAAAUAUUAAUGAUUUAAAAGUUUAAAUUUUUAAUUUUUAUAUGUGAAAAUAUUUCCUGUUGGCUACAAGGGAAGCUCAAGUGGUGUCUUAUGUGUGCUGUUAAAUAUAUAUUAUAUACUUUGGAAGAAGGCAAAGAGAGGAGUCUCAUUAUUUUUAAAUGAUCCUAAUUGUAUAGUCAGUCUGUUGUAUAUAGUGUUCAGCUUGCUUUUUGGCCACUGUAGGAAAAAAAUCCAUCCAUCUGAGAUGGGGUCCUGUUGUUUAUUAUCACUUCAGAAGUGAUACAUUAGUAUUUAUUCUUUCUAUUUCCAAGUUCUGGCACCUGAAGAUAUCUUUAAAACUGGCAAAUAAGAUAAUAGUAAUAGAAAUUUUAGUUUAUUUCUCGUUUACUUCUAAACUUUCGGAUUAUUUUAAAGGCAGUAGAUUACUUUGUCUUACUAUUUGAUCUUUAUUU